CCAGCCUGACGGACCAGCCGCUCGGCGACGAGCGAAGCCGCCGCUAACCAGGUGCAAAGUACAAAAUGAAAGCUGUCGAUUAGAAGACCGGAGCCCCGACACCGGAGCCGGGACCAGCCCUCAGGAGAAAGGAAUCCCUUUGAUGGGAGAAUCCUCUUUCCUGGCCUCCUGGGUCAAUCGGCGUGUCACGAUGAUGGAUGAGCAGGAGGCCCUGAACUCGAUCAUGCAGGACCUGGCCGAACUGCAACGUUCCAGCCGUCCUGCACCGUUCCUGUCAGACCUGGGCAAACCCAAAGCCUCGUCCCCCAAGAACCAGAAUGACGUGAGAGUGAAGUUCGAGUUCAAAGGGGAGAAGAGGAUCUUGCAGUUCCCGCGACCCGUCAAGCUGGAGGACCUGAGAGCGAAGGCUAAAGUGGCUUUUGGACAGACGAUGGACCUCCACUACACCAACAACGAGCUGGUGAUUCCCCUGACGACCCAGGACGACCUGGACAAGGCCGUCGAGCUGCUGGAUCGCAGCGUUCACAUGAAGAGCCUGAAGAUCCUCCUGGUGCUCCAGGUGUCCUCUCAGUGUGUUUUGUACCUCCAGAACUCCUCCUCCAACAUGGACCUGUUACCGUCCCAUGAGGAGCUGGACAACACCGGAUUCAGGCUCUCGGACGGGAAGAGGAUGCUGGCUGUGAUAGGCUCCCACUCCACCGACCGCAGCUCUCCUCCCCCGGGAUACAUCCCCGACGCGCUCCAGCAGGUGGCCAGGAACGGCUCCUUCACCAGCAUCAACAGUGAGGGCGAGUUCAUCCCCGAGAGCAUGGACCAGAUGUUGGACCCGCUGUCCAUGAGCAGCCCGGAGAACUCAGCGUCUGGCAGCUGUCCGUCUCUGGACAGCCCGCUGGACAGUGAUUACCCCAAGUCCAGGAUGCCCAGAGCACAGAGUUACCCCGACAACCACCAGGACUUUCCAGAGUACGACAUCCCCGUGUUCGAGAAGUCGGGGAAGGGGGGGACGUAUCCUCGCAGAUACGGCAUUCCCUUCGGCCUGCAGGACUACAGCGACGGGAGGAAGACCUUCCCUCGGGCCCGGCGGACGCAGGUCCACGGCUUCCGCUCGCCCGUCAGCUUCAGCCCCACGGAGCAGUCGCCCAGCACCAGCAGCGGCAGCAGCGUCUUCACCCCCGACCUGGAGGAGGCCCCCGGGCCCGGCAGGAGGCGGCGGGGCAGCGACAUCGAGCCCAACCCCAACCCGCCGGCCGCUCCCACUCUGUCGGUCAUGGACAUCAGUCCGCCCAGCCGCUCUCCACGCGCCCCCACCAACUGGAGGCUCGGGAAGCUCCUGGGUCAGGGGGCGUUCGGCCGCGUUUUCCUGUGUUACGAUGCAGAUACCGGCCGCGAGCUGGCCGUCAAGCAGGUCCAGUUCGACCCGGAGAGCCCGGAGACCAGCAAGGAGGUGAGCGCGUUGGAGUGUGAGAUCCAGCUGCUGAAGAACCUGUGUCACGAGCGGAUCGUCCAGUACUACGGCUGCCUGCGGGACACCCUGGAGCGGACGCUCUCCAUCUUCAUGGAGUACAUGCCCGGCGGCUCCAUCAAGGACCAGCUGAAGUCGUACGGAGCGCUGACGGAAAACGUGACGCGCCGCUACACGCGGCAGAUCCUGGAGGGCGUGUCGUACCUGCACAGCAACAUGAUCGUCCACAGGGACAUCAAAGGGGCCAACAUCCUGCGGGACUCGGUGGGGAACGUGAAGCUGGGAGACUUCGGCGCCAGCCGGCGGCUGCAGACCAUCUGUCUGUCGGGGACGGGCAUCAAGUCGGUGACGGGAACCCCGUACUGGAUGAGCCCAGAGGUGAUCAGCGGCGAGGGAUACGGCCGCAAGGCCGACAUCUGGAGCAUCGGCUGCACGGUUGUGGAGAUGCUGACGCAGCAGCCGCCGUGGGCGGAGUUCGAGGCCAUGGCGGCCAUCUUUAAGAUCGCCACCCAGCCCACCAACCCGGUGCUGCCCGGCCACGUGUCCGACCACUGCAGAGAGUUCCUCAAGCGCAUCUUCGUGGAGACCAGGCAGCGGCCGUCCGCCGACGAGCUGCUGCGGCAUGUCUUCGUACAUUAACCCCUGGAGACUGAAGCCCCGCCCCCCGCCACGUACGGCCUUAUCCCCACCCCUGGCCACACCCCCUUCUAGCUGAGACCACAUUGGACCGGCUGGGAGGCAGCGGGGGGAGAUGGGGCGCCUCCGUUCGUACGAGACGCCUGGACGUGACUUUGUUAUUUAGUUUCCUGUAACGUGCACCUUACUUUCUGAAGCGACGGAGACGGAUCUUCAUUUUCACGUCCGAACGGUUCCUGUCUUCAGACGUGGCGACGGCGAGGACCUGCGGGAGGUGAGGCGCCGCGCCGACGCCAGAAUGUAGUCUCCUGCCAAACCCAGAGGGGCGCCGAUGUCCUGGCCCGCUGCUAACGACCAGAACCCCCGACACGACUCCGCUCAUCCCCCCCCUCCUCCUCGGCCCCCGUCUCUGCCGUGUGCCUUUUCUGUUUUCUAGCGAGCGUGGGAGCGAGUCUGGGAUAAAUGCCUUCACCCCGCUGAUCCACCUCCAGCCUUCAUGUCUGUUUUUACCUCCUCUUCCUCCUUUGUUGGGGCGACGUGGCGCAGCGCCGCGUUCACCUGCUGUUUCAGCUCCUCCAGCUGGUAACCAAAUAUCCCUCGGCCUUCUGGUCGUCGUGGGCGAGGAUCGGAGCCUCCGCCGCGGCUCCCCGCUCAGAUCUCCGCUGGGACGUCUCGCUGGUGCUCGUGCUGGACGUCCAGUGGUGGAUAACUCCAGCUCAAGGAGGCGCACACGUCCUUUUACUUUCCCACGAGUCCACAUCGUUUUCCUUAGGUCUGAAUGAAGCACCUGUGACUUGUUUGCGAAGGAUGUCCGGAGGAUGUCUGUGAAACUCUUCCUCACUUUCACGGAGCGACGACGUGAGUCUCGCCAUCAGACGGCCUCAUAUCUGCCCUCAAACACUCUUUCUGUUGCUUGUGUCUGGUUUAGAUUCGCUAAACUGAAAUGCAUAACGGACAAGUUGCCAAACGGGACCAGUGUCGACACGCCGCCGAGGGUUUUUAAUCAGAGUCUCAGCUUCUGAAAAUAACAAGUUCCCAGUUUUCUGAUAUUUGAUCAACCAAACAGAGUAUUUAAAUCUGGAAGUAUCUGCUCCCGCUUGAAUCUGCUCGCCGGCAGGUACUCGUCACAUGCUCUCCUUUAGUUUUUUGUUGUUUUCUUUGCCUCAUGCACUCCUGCAGGUUAUAUUCACACCUGAAGAUGUUUACAGGAUCAUUUAGGGGCCACCGCUCUUUGCCAAAUCAGAAGCAACACUUUAACUUGUCGCUUUAGCCAAACUACAUCAAGCAGCCAAUCAGAAUCACGUUGGUUCAAAUGUCCCGGACGGAUCCGAGGCCUCGUCACCAACAUGUGGUCCAUGUUGAGUAGGAAUCAUUU